GAGUAUUGCGGUCUGCAGACAGAGAGCCAGUCAGGAGGAGGAGAACCAGAGUCCCAGCGGCUGCUCAGGAGAGUCUAAGCGGGGAAAACUGCUUCCAAUACGGGAUAACUCAGAAGUGGGAUUCCACGAUGAGUUGGGGAACGGAGCUCUGGGACCAGUUUGAUAAUCUGGACAAACACACUCAGUGGGGGAUCGACUUUCUCGAGCGCUACGCAAAGUUCGUCAAGGAGAGGCUGGACAUAGAGCAAAACUACGCCAAACAGCUACGGAACUUGGUGAAGAAAUACUGUCCCAAACGCUCAAAGGAUGAGGAGCCGAGGUUCACAUCAUGUCUCUCCUUCUACUCCAUCCUGAAUGAACUGAAUGACUAUGCCGGUCAGAGGGAGGUGGUGGCGGAGGAGAUGGCUCACAAGGUUUAUGGAGAGCUGAUGAGGUACAGCCAGGACCUCAAAGCUGAGAGGAAACACCAUCUACAGGAGGGCAGGAAGGCUCAGCAACAUCUGGAUCAUUGCUGGAAGAUGAUGGACAAUAGUAAAAAGAAGUUUGAGAGGGAGUGUCGGGAGGCAGAGAAAUCCCAGAUAACCUACGAGCGGUUAGAUAACGACAUCAACGCCACCAAGUCGGAGGUGGAGAAGGCCAAAAACCAGUUCUACGCGCGCACUCACAUGGCCGACGAGAGUAAGAACGAGUACGCCGCUCAGCUGCAGGACUUCAACGCGGAGCAGUGGAAACAUUUCAACAACGCCAUACCGCACAUCUUCAAGAAUCUACAGGACAUGGACCAACGUCGGACGGUGAAGCUUGGAGAGACGUAUCGAUGUUUUGCCGAGGCCGAGCGGAGAGUCAUUCCUAUCAUCUCCAAAUGUCUAGAGGGUAUGGUUUCUGCCGCCAAGGCUGUAGACGACAGACGGGAUUCGGUUAUUGUCAUAGAGUCAUUUAAGUCUGGCUUCGAUCCCCCGGGCGACUACCCCUUCGAGGACUUCAGUCAGAAUUUGAGCCGAACGGGUUCAGACGGGACCAUAAGCAAAGGAGAUAGAGAGAGAGAGAGAGACAAAGAUGGUACCCCGGGGCCACGAUCCGACCCUAAACACCAGACGAGCAGAACCAAGAACAAGCUGUGGCUGUUUGGGAAGAAACCAAAGUCCCCUUCCUCCUCUCCCCCUCCUCCUCCUCCACCUUCCUCCUCCUCCCGCCCCCGGCCCACCUCCACCCUUUUCCCUUCAUCCCGGUUCAACUCGGACGCUGUGAGCCACUAUUUCUCUGAGAUAAAGACUUCAGUACCGAGAAUCCCCCAGAAUUUGAGGGGCCUGAGGAGAGGGGCGCCGUCUCUUGAGGAUUUCAGCCACUUGCCCCCCGAGCAGAGGAGGAAGAGGCUGCAGCAGAGGAUCGACGAACUGAGCAGAGAGCUCCAGAAAGAGAUGGACCAGAGAGACGCUCUGAACAAGAUGAAGGACGUUUACGAGAAGAAUCCUCAGAUGGGCGACCCCGUCAGCCUGCAGCCCAAGAUAUCGGAGACCAUCUGCAACAUGGAGAAGCUGCGCUCUGAAAUCCACAAAAACGAGACUUGGUUGUCUGAGGUGGAGGGAAAGCAGAGCUCCAGGGGAGACAGAAGACACAGCGCCGACAACCACCACCACACUCCUCAAGGACGAGAGAGUCCUGAGGGCAGUUACACGGACGACACUAGUCAGGAGCACCACACUCCCCACCACCGCCCCAGCCCUGCCAGGCCCGGGCAGCCGACCCCUCACGACCCGCACGAGUUUGACGACGAGUUCGAUGACGACGACCCGCUGCCCAUCAUCGGACACUGCAAAGCACUGUACUCGUUUGACGGUCAGAACGAGGGGACGCUGGUGAUGGCAGAAGAUGAGGUGUUGUACAUCAUCGAGGAGGAUAAGGGCGACGGCUGGACGAGGGCGAGGAAGCAGAGCGGGGAGGAGGGCUAUGUUCCCACCUCCUACGUAGAAAUCACUUUGGAGAAAAACAGCAAAGGUGCCGUCACCUACAUCUGACACUGUCCUGUCUGUCAUUCCCUCCAUCUCUGCCUUCAUCUCACACCACUAUAAGGACAAAAGACAACAUCUGAACUCCCGCAUGGACGUCCUCUGUCUGUCUUCUGUUUCCUCUGUUCUGUUCUUUCAUCCCAUCUCUCCAUCUGUUUAUUCCUUUAACCCCAGUCAGUCGCUCCUCCUCCUCCUCGUCUCAUAUACGAGGGAUCUGAGGCGACUGUCUGAGCUCGGAGACAGACAGGGACCUGAAUGAGUGGUUUUCAUAUUGUAAAUGUGUGUGUGUUUGUUUGUGUGUGUGUGUGUGCGCCCCUCCUUAUCGAUCAAAGAUUGUUGUAUGUAAUAUAUUAGAGAUUAUUUUUCUUUUUAAUUAUUUUAUUUUCUGGAGACGAUCAAACUCCCUAAUUUUAAACUCUUUUGUUUCGUUUAUGUGUCGACAUCAUUUGAAGUGAUUUUAUUUGUCUUUAUUUCUGUCUGAUCGCAGUGUUUCUCUGUGCCAUCACAGUCGGGAUUUAACCGCAGUAGUACAAUCAAAAAAAAAAAGACUCCUGGCAUCAUUUUUUUUAUUUUUAUUUUUUAAUUAGUCAACAAUUUCCACAAAAACUGGCCUCCUUAUCAGCUGUUUCCUACUGAAUUUCUAAAAUGUCGUUUCUAGUUUCUGCAGCUGGUCAUUGCAGUUAGUUUUAUUUAGUUUUUUUCAGAAGAAGGUGAAUUUGUUAUUAGUAUUUUCAGCAUUUUGCAGAUUUGCGAAAAUCAUAUUUAAGAGAAGAAACUGAAGCCAGAUGUCCCGUUUUAAUUUUUUUAAUCUCUGGCGUUGUAGCGGUGAAAUUCCUCCCAGAUAAUAGAGCCUACGUUUCCCAUAAUGCAACUGGAUACUGUCUGUGGUUGUAUAAUUUAAUUUCUAAAACCUUUAAGGCCAAAUAUAAAGUAGUUAUUUAAAAACCGUUUCCCUAAUUUCCUAAAAAUGCUGUUGUAUUAUUUUUGUUUGAAACAUAAUUUAUAAAAGAAUGAAAACGUGAGAUUAUUUGGGACCAAUUUAAGCAGCAGAUAAAUAAAUCUGACUAAGACGUAGCUGUUUUUUUUUUAUUUUUUAAGAGCACUUGAAACUAGAAUAUUACAACAUUUCAGGCUUUGAUCGGCACAUUUUUGUUUGAAAGGUUCAUCUGUAGUUUUUGUGGGAUUUGUCAGCAAAAAGAAAACAUCCCCAGCUUCACUCUUUGAACGUGCACGUUUGAGAAACUUCUUCUCUGACAAGGUUUAGAAAUUAAAUGAUUUCAAUUUAUUUACAAGUCUGAGUGAGAAAUACUGCAGGAUUGUCCAUUGUUAAUGUUUCCUUGAACUCAUACGGACAUUUUCAUUGGUUAAAACGUCUCUGAGGUAUUUCACAGUCACUGCGAAGCUGAAUAAAGUUUGAGGAUUUAUUGUGCAAACAAGGGUGCAGCAUCAAAUACUCACUGUUUUCAGGUCAUCGCACCAACACAAGGAAACGUUCUUCACGACCCGCAGAGAAAGUUUAAACGUCUGUUAGAACACUAACGAAUAUUUUGGAUCUGAGUUUGUCGAGCAGAAGCCGUUUUAGAAACUCUCACUGUGUGUUUGAGUAACUGUGUCUCUCCUCUAUGUGACUGCAGGUUCCUGAGAGCUGCAGAGUGGCCGGGCGAUUUGAUUGGCUGGUGGAGGGCUCACGCUGAUUGCUGAUUAUUGGUGGUGGGGGAAAAUGAGAGGGGAAAGGGACAGAGAGAGAGGUAGAGGAGGAUAGGGAUGAAAGCGGGGAGGUUUGCAUGUCUGCAUGCUCACGUUUCCAUAAUCGGCAAAGCAUCCUGGGGGACGAAGGUAGAGGAGGUGAUCCCAAAGUUACCGGCACAAAGUCUGAGCCUGAAGAUCUUUAAGAUGGAGAACUGCAGCAACGUUCAGCUGAAUGUACACGUAGCAGUUUAUUAGGUACACCGAGCUAAAACUAAUUUAAACUUUGAUGUUGUAGAGGCCUUGAUCCAUGAGAUCAGAAAAUAAUCCCAAUCGAUUUCUAUAAGACCACAUUAAUUCUCAGUUUCUUAUCAUUAACAUAUUAAAUUGAUGUAGCUGUGCUGAGACACACAUCCAGGAUUAUUUAACACGUAGAAAUUGUUCUUCACUCCAUCAGGCACUGAGUAACGACAGUAGAUAAGUGAUCUGAUCAGACCGUUUACAUCCAAUGAUCUUAACUAAUCAACACAGGUUUGCAGCCACAGUCAUGUUUGUGGGUGUCGGAUUAAAAUCGGCUUAUGUGACGUAGCCUCAGCUUUACCAAGGUGUACCUAAUAAACUGGCAAAAGCAAAACACGACCACGAAGAUGAAGCCGCCGGCAGCAUUUUUAUUAAAACCAGAUGAUGCCGAUGCUGCCGCUGCUUUCCUCCUUCCUGUCUUAAAGGUCUUCUGUCAGAUCUGAUCAGAAUCUGCACCUGCUUCAACGUCUGCAACCAAAAAUUAAACAACUAACAUUUGCUUGAAGGUUGCAGCAAAAAAAUAAAAAAUAAAUAAAAAAAAAAUAAAUUAUCCUUUAAUGACAGAUAUGACCUUCUCAGCUGUCUGUGUUGUGCACUAACAGGGUUUAAUUACAGUUAAUAAGUAAUAAGCAGUUGAUAAAUUAGUCUACUGAGCA